AAGGAAUAACAUCCUGAUGCAGAGCUUUGCUUUGUGACAAAGAUCCAGAUAUAAACAUCUUCAUCUCGUGAUCAUGGGAGUUGCAUGAGACCCCAUGACACUUAAGUUUGAUUGGUCUGAGCAUAGAUGCUAUUUCUGUCAUUUAUUCUAAAUGUUUCUCCAGUCUUGUAGUUGUGUAUUUGUCCAGCAGAUGGCGGCAGUGUGCAGGGCAGCUGCAGAGCUGCGGCUCGCAGCGAAGCGCCUGGACUCCUCCUGAGAGCCGCUGCGCUCAUCCGGACUCCCUCCACUCUCCUCCCUGUCUGCCGCCGAGCUCCUCCGGCUGCAGACCGACCUGAAGGCGGCACAGAGAGCCAUCCAGCAGCCUCAGGUUGUUUUCCUGGUUUUUAAACCUUCCUUACAGAUUAUCUAUAAAUCUGGCACGAUGCGGGCGCUUCAUCCAGAAUAACAAACCCAGAGGCAAGUUGGGACCGAUUUUUGGAUUUGAAUGGUUUUGGAUAUUUUGUGAGGAAGCUGUGGUGAAGCGGGUUGAGUCCACAGGGUUUUAUCCCUGAACGACCUUGUGUUUUUCUUUCUGUGGACGCAGGAUUUUCCGGGAAUGGAGAGGAAUGGGAUUGCUUGCACGCAGUGAAAAUUCAAGAAAGCAUGAUCGCCUCCCAUCGCCAAAGGAGGACGAUCUGAUCAUCACAGCUUGGAUCUCAGAAAUGGAUAACAGUGGAUGACAAAAACCUAAAAACUCCCAAAAGUUGUCAGAGGAGCUAAUCCUGCAGCGAGUCCAUGAGACAUCCUCCAGAGCAUGGGGUGUGUCAAAUCCAAGAGGAGCGAUGCCUCCCAGCAUGCCAACUCAACGGAGAAGAAGGCGCGAGGAGAGAAGGCCUAUUUGGUGGGUUCAUCGGAGCCGGCCUCGGUGGAGGGCUCCCCCCAGGUCAACCCGGUCCUACUGGAGUAUGCUCAGAAACUGUCUGAGGAAAUCGUAGCCCGGGCGGUGCAGCAGUGGGUGGAGGUGGACAGCCGCUACAGUGACAUCCCCUACAUUGAGUGUGACGUUCCAUGAUGGGAAGCAAAUUCCACAUGUGGAUCACUUGGACUCCCUCUGGACCUUUUUUUUCUUGAGUAUGCAGAACAAAAGGAGAUCAUGGGUUUUUCUGUAGUGAGACUGAGUACGAGGGAAUUCAGUUUUGACCUACUUUUGGAUGGGAUUAUGCUUGGGAUUGAUCCUAAAACCCUCCUCCAAACUGACCAAAGCGUUCUGAUCCCAGCUCUGUGAUUAUGGGAGCAGUAGUAGGUUUGUGCUCAUCUUCCUCUGUCUAUAUCUGUCCAUGAAUGGACCUAUGAACCCAGGAAUACCGUCCGACACUCGAUCCUCAUCAUCUCCUCUGUACCAGGCUGAGCAGGGACUUAUUAAUAGAUCAGAAACACUCCCUACCAUGGAAUUCCUUAUAGUCAAGGGGAGUAACUCCUUUUGGCCUAAAAGGAGAUACUACGGUAACAUCCUCAGCUCUGCUUCUCUCACUGCCAAUAGUUCGCCUUAAUCACUGCCCUCCAUCUAACAGGACCUCAGAUUUCUGAAGUACAGAUGAUGCAUUUCUAAUUGGACGCAGCCUCUAGACGCGGCAGGGACACAGAACUUCAAAAGGGUUGGACUCAUGGGGUAGUGGAGCUGAGACACUGCUAAAA